AUGUCUGGAAAAAACUAUACAAAAGUCUCAGAAUUUGUUCUUCUAGGAUUUGGAAACCUUCACAUUUUUAACAUUGCAUUCUUUAUAGCCUUCCUAAUCAUCUUUGUAUUUACUAUCACAGGAAAUCUUCUAAUCAUUGUGUUAGUAUCCAUCACCCCAGCCCUUCGGUCCCCCAUGUAUUAUCUCCUAAGCCAUCUCUCAUUUUCAGAUCUCUUAAUUUCAACCAACAUUCUUCCAAACAUGCUUGGCAGUCUUCUUCUUGGGGAGGAAAAAAUUACUUACUGUGGCUGCAUCACACAGUUUUAUUUUUUCAGUGGCACAACCAUUACAGAAUGUCUCCUCCUCUCAGUCAUGUCCUAUGAUCGCUACUUGGCCAUCUGUAAUCCUUUGAGGUAUUCCAGUAUCAUGAACAUGAUGAUUUGUGUCAAUCUUUCGGUUUGGCCAUGGCUGUUGGGUUUUACUCUAAAUUUUAUAGCUGUUCUACCUGUUUCAGAUUUUGAUUUUUGUGCUGAUAAUGUCAUUGACCAUUUCUACUGUGACCUCUCCCCUCUUCAGAAGCUCUCUUGCUCAGACACUUCUUUGGUUGAACUAGAAGCUUUUGUUUUUUCCAUACCGAUAUUUAUUUUUCCAUGUGGUUUUAUCGUGGUGACU